AUGCUUCCUCGCUGGGCAAAGCAUCCCUUUGGCGCUUCCCCUAGAGCCGUGCCGAGGCUGCGGGAGCAGGAGAGACCUGCCGAGCCCGGGGACUACCGGCUGACUCCGUUGCUCGUGGAUCCCGAGAGGACGAGCACCCACAUGAUCUCGGCGGAUGAUGCCGAGUACCCACGGGAGUACCGGACCUUGGGCAACGGCACCCGGCGCUUCUCCAACGUAGGGCUGGUGCACACCUCGGAGCGCCGGCACACCGUCAUUGCCGCCCAGAGCCUGGAGGCCCUCACCGGCCUCCAGAAGUCGGAGAUGGAGCGCAAGCGGGACGCCUUCAUGGACCACCUGAAGAACAAGUACCCGCAGCACGCGCUGGCGCUCCGGGGGCAGCAGGAGCGCAUGCGGGACCAGCAACCCAACUACUGGAGCUUUAAGACGAGGAGCUCCCGACACUCCCAGGGCUCCCAGCCCGGCUUGGCCGAUCAAGCCAAACUCUCCUUCGCCUCAGCCGAAUCCCUGGAAACCAUGUCAGAAGCGGAGCUGCCCCUGGGGUUCAACAGGAUGAACCGGUUCCGGCAGAGCUUGCCCUUGUCCCGGUCCACCAGCCAGACGAAGCUGCGAUCGCCAGGGGUCCUUUUCCUGCAGUUUGGGGAUGAGACGAGGCGCGUCCACAUCACCCACGAGAUCAGCAGCAUGGACACCCUGCACGCCCUCAUUGUCCACAUGUUCCCCCAGAAGCUCACCAUGGGGAUGCUGAAGUCUCCCAACACUGCUAUCCUCAUCAAGGACGAGUCGCGCAAUGUCUUCUAUGAGCUGGAGGAUGUCCGGGAUAUCCAGGACAGAAGUAUCAUUAAAAUCUACCGGAAAGAGCCGCUCUAUGCCUCGUUCCCAGCCUCGCACAUCACCAACGGCGACCUGAGGAGGGAGAUGGUGUACACCUCCAGGGAGUCGUCUCCCACCCGCCGGCUGAACAACAUGUCCCCGGCUUCUCACCUCACCUCCGGCUCUCCUCCACCGGUGCUCCAGUCCUCCUCCCCGUCCCGUUCCCGCAUGUCCUACAGCGGGGGCCGCCCGCCCUCCUACGCCGGCAGCCCUGUCCAUCACAGCGAGCGUCUCUCCAACCUACCGCCCGCCCAGGGCGUCUCGCCCAGCCCCAGCGCCAUCCUGGAGCGCCGGGAUGUGAAGCCGGACGAGGACCUGGCCGGGAAGAACGUGGUGCUGGUGAAGAACGAGGGGCUGUACGCCGAUCCCUAUGGCAUGGUGCACGAGGGUCGGCUCAGCAUCACCUCCACCCAGUCCCUGGCUGGCAUGGGAGACCCUUUUGGCUUCGGGGGGCUGUACAAGCGGGGCUCCGUUCGCUCCCUCAGCACCUAUUCGGCGGCCGCCUUGCAGACGGAGCUGGAGGACAGCCUGUACAAGCCCAACGCGCCCAUUUACAGUGACACGUACGGACCCGGCUUGGGCUUCCGCAUGCCCCCCUCCUCCCCGCAGAAGAUGGCUGACGGCCGGCUGGUGGAUGUGCAGCCGGGGCAGAGCCCGCACAGCCCCUACUCGGGACCCCCAAGCCGCUCCUCACCCAUCCGUCAGUCCUUCCGCAAGGACUCCUGCUCCUCUGUCUUCAUGGAAAGCCCCGUCAACAAGCCACGCAACCCCAGCUCCUCUGGCCCUCCGGAGCUGUUUCCCGGCCCCGGCGAUCGUCCGCUCUCAGGCUUCGGCUCCCCUGGACCGGCCAAGGAUACGGAAACGAGGGAGCGGAUGGAAGCAAUGGAGAAGCAGAUCGCCAGCCUGACGGGGCUGGUACAAAGCGCGCUGCUCCGCGGCUCCGAGGCCGAGACCCCCAGCGAGAAGACAGAAGCCACCAACGGUGGGACCCCCCCAUCAGCGUCGACCAGCCGUAGCGGCAUGGGGACACCGGUGCCCGCACCCCCGCCGCCCUCCGCCACCAGCACGCCAGCGGGGCAGCCCACUGCCAUCACCCGCUUGCACAUGCAGCUGCACCUCCACGACCUGCAGCAGAACGCCAGCGACCUCCGCAACCAGCUGCAGCAGCUCAAGAAGCUGCAGCUGCAGAACCAGGAGACAGUGAAGACAAUGCUGCGGCGGACAGAGACGGAGAUCAGCGUGCGGGUGACGGACACCAUGCGCAAGCACGAGGACCCCCUGCAGCGCCAGCGCAGCUUGGUGGAAGAGGAGCGGCUCCGCUACCUCAACGAGGAGGAGCUGAUCACCCAGCAGCUCAAUGACCUGGAGAAGUCAGUGGAGAAGAUCCAGAAGGAUUUGGCCCACAACCACCGGCUCAUCCCUGUGCAGGAGCUGGAGGAGAAGGCGGUGGUGCUCAAGCAGCUGGGGGAGACGCUGACAGACCUGAAGGCCCAGUUCCCCAGCCUGCAGAGCAAGAUGCGGGUGGUGCUGCGGGUGGAGGUGGAAGCUGUCAAGUUCCUCAAGGAGGAGCCGAACCGCCUCGAUGGUCUGCUCAAGCGCUGCAAGACAGUGACGGACACCCUCGCCCAAAUCCGCAGGCAAGUGGACGAGGGCGUGUGGACCUCCUCCAGCAACCUCAGCCAGUCCCCCAAGAAGGUGGCCCCUGAGACAGACUUCAGCAAAGGGCUGGACCUGGAGAUGCCCACCAGCCCUCCAGUGAACCUCCAUCACCUGACGGCUGUCACCGAGACCCUGGGCGUGCCCAGCUUUGGGCAUAGCCCCCCCCAAACCCAAACCCACCCCUCCAAGAGCAAUAACCCUUCCCGAGCUCCGGAGAUGGUACCCGCCAAGACCCAGACAGGCCCGGAGACCCCCAGCAAGAAGAGUGCGGACAAAGCUGUAUCUGUGGAGGCUGCCGAGCGGGACUGGGAGGAGAAGCGGGCGGCGCUGACCCAGUACAGUGCCAAGGACAUCAACCGCCUCCUGGAGGAGACGCAAGCCGAGCUGAUGAAGGCCAUCCCCGACCUGGAGUUCGCUGCCAAGCACAAGCAAGCCACAGGCAGCGGCAGCGCCGCCUCCACGCCCGAGCACAAACCUUCCAAGCCGCAGCAUGCACCGAAGUCGGGGGGCAAGGGGGACCCCAACGGCCGCAGGGGUUCAGACGAACUGACGGUGCCGCGGUACCGGACCGAGAAACCCUCCAAAUCACCGCCACCUCCCCCUCCACGCCGGAGCUUUCCCUCGUCCCACGGGCUGACCACAACCCGCAGCGGCGAAGUCAUCGUCACCAGCAAGAAGGAGCCUGGUUUUAUGAAGAAGGCCGAGUCGGAGGAGCUGGAGACCCAGAAGCCCCAGGUGAAGCUGAGACGGGCGGUGUCAGAGGUGGUCAGGCCAGCGUCCACCCCUCCCAUCAUCGCCUCUGCCAUCAAAGACGACGACGAUGAGGACCGCAUCAUUGCGGAGCUGGAGGUGUUUCAGAGAAGCUCUGCCUCCCCUUUCCUUCCCAAGCUCCGUUACGAUCCGCUCGCGGCUGCCAUCUCCCCUGGGCACGCAGACAUGUGGCCCAACGGAGCCUCCGUUGCAGCCGAAGGAUGGAAGGAGCCGUUGGCCCUGGCAGCCCCGGGGAGCAGGGCUUUCUCCCUCCCGCAGAUUGUGCUCACCGAGUGGGUGUCUGAACCGCCAUCCCCCGAAGCCGAACCGGAGGUGUGGGUGGAAACGGGCUGCUCGGAGCACGGGGACCCGGCCGGCAGCGGAGGAGCAGGAGGGGAGCUUACACCAGAGGGGGGAAGGAAAUGCCAUGUGUCUCCUGGCAUCUCUGAAAAGUCUCCGUCCGCAGCUGGGUACCCUCCAGCCUCAGCCCCCCAGCCCCCGAGCAGCCCAUCUCAGGGCUGUGCCCAUGCGGCAGGAGAAACUUGGAGGUUCCCUCUAGCAGCCAGCAAGGUCCCGUCUCUCUCAAAGCAUAACAGCUGUCCCGCAAGGGGAGAAGGAGGGGACGCUGCUCUGAACGCUGCCGGCAGGCAAGAAGGCAGCAGCAAGACUUCUCACCGAGGUCCCUUGGCUGCACAGCCUCCUCGUCCCCGGGGGGAAGGCACGGGUCCUGGAGCUGGAGAGGCAGCGCUCCCCUCCAUCGGUGCAGGCAGCAGAGGGCCCGGUGCCGUCCCCCAGCUUCCCGGUGAUGGGGACCCCCAAGGAGGAGCCAGGCAGAGCGUGCGGAAGGCAUCGCUCCCUCCUGGAGACUCUGCUGGGGCUUGCAAACAAGCGCGGAGGGAGGACAGCUCGCCAGCCCCAGCCUGCCCAGUGCCAAAUACCAGUGCCUUCCCGGGCAGGGAUCCAGCCCCGCGGGGAAGCGGACAGUCCCAGGCUGAGCAUCCCCAGGAGCAGGUUGCUGCUUUCUCAAGGCGGCGCGGGGGACACCGGGGCGGGGGGAAGGUGGCGGAGGGGCUCUGCAAGGGACACUUGUCCCCUCACCGCUCCAUGACUCCACGCAGCAAGGAGAUUUAUGAAGGCACAUACCAGAGACUGGAUAGCCUGGAAGAAACUAUCCGUGAGCUGGAAAUAACGAUCAGUGAGAUCAGCAGCCAUCCCUCAGUUGAAUUUGUAUUCCCUAAAGAACUGCUAGGACAAGCGGGAUCCAAGGAUGCCAGCGAGGAGACCAAGAAAGGUCUGGGGGAUCUCAAACACAGUAGCUGUGACGAUGGGACUGCCCUGGACCUCAGUCAGGCCAAAGAUGAUGCUCCAUCUCCAAGCAAGACCAAGCCACCUCUGCUACCCAAGCCGCAGCUCCCCCUCGACACUCCGCAGAGCGGUGGCGUUUCCAUCCCAGCCAUGAAGGUGGUGAACCCGGCGUCCCGGCUGAAGCAGAGCCAGCAGGGCAGCCCCGACAAAAGCAAGCACAUAAAGCAGCGGAUGGAGUACAUGCGGAUCCAGGGCCAGCAGCAGGCCGCUAGACCAUCUAAAGAGGCUAGUGAGACUUCCCCCGCGGUCUCAGAAAAACCCGCAUCUGGCAGAACAUCCAUCCCCGUAUUGACUUCCUUUGGGGCAAGGAACUCCUCCAUCUCAUUCUGAGCAUCCUUGCCAGCUCCACCCAACCGCUCUCCUGCUCCUGGGGCCGGGCUUCUCUCUUCCUUGGGCUCCUCCUCCCUGGGACUUGUCUUCUUGAGGCACCUGGAGGGAUCGCCACCCGUCCCUCUCUUUCUGUUUUUUCAAUGUCUUGCUCCAAUGUGGCCGACCUCGUGUCUCGCCUCUGCUCCGCCACGGCCCGACUUGUGUCUCGCCUCUGCUCCGCCACGGCCUGACUUCUGUCUCCCAUCUCGCUCCGCAAUGGCCAACCAGCCACUUUCUGUUCUCUCUCUCUUUCUCCUCCCUUUUUCUUUACUUUUUCCUUUUCUUUUCGGUUCGUUUGGGUUGCUGUUGGUUUGGUUUUUCUCCCUCCCUCCCCUCUCCCACCCUGCCGUUUUCUGUUUAUUUAAGAGCUCUCAGAGCUUCACUCCACCCGUUUCACCAGCUUCAAGCAAGGAGGA